UGUUUAUUUUCGGUGACACUAUAAAAGGAGACUCACGCUUCAUUGCUUUGUUUAUUUUUUAUUCUUUCUCAUUACUACUCUUCUCUUCUACUCUCUCUACUUUCUCCGGUAUUGGAGGACUCACUCACUCAUUAGCUUUGACCUGAAAAGGGAUAUGGACGAAUCUUGGCGAAUGCCGAUGUCCGAGAGCCCCCACUCGCGGCGCCGUUCCACCGAGCAAGCUGCUGCUACUGUCUUCGCUGACUCCUCCCAUGCGCUCGAUCCCGAGGACUUCGCCGACGUCUUUGGCGGUCCGCCUCGGAGUGUCUAUUGGAGGAAAGUUUCGGCUGACUUCGUCGGUGCUGCUUCGAACUCCUUCUACGAUGAGAUUUUCCAGCCGCAGGAGAGUUUUAACUCCGGCGGAAUAGGUAGACGGGGAUUUCCGGCUCUUAGGAUUCCCGGAGGGAACGAUCUUGGUUUCUACGGCGAUGUUUUCGGAUCGGAUGGUCGUGAUGAUGGUGGAGAACGGAGGUCGAGGGAACGGUCGAGGCCGAAUUCGAAUGCGAAAUCGAAGUCGAAGUCAACGUCUUCGUCUGUCCUGAGCUCGGAGGAAAUGAGUCCGCUCCGGCCGGUGGUCGGAGAACACGUGGCGCUGUCGGAUUUCGCUUCCAAGCUCAGGCCAAUCAAUGUUCCAUGCAGACGAAUCUCAUCGACAUUAAUGCAUGCAGAGGAAAGUUUAUUAAAGAAACAAUUAGGCACACACAAUAUUAAUCCAACUUUCUUCUAUGGCAGCCGUAGUCCUAAUGAUAAUAAUACUAAUAACUCCCCUGUGGAGCCUCAAUUCAUGGAGACUGACCAAAACAUCAUCCAUAAUUGGAAUAGUACCUUAGAAAAUAAGUCAUCAUCUCAAUAUUUUGGGUUCUCCAGAAGGGUCUCCUCCCCUGAAACCGUUAGUGUCAAGAUCUCUCUAGACGAUGUUGACGAACAGCUCAAUUCUCCAGCCUCUUCCGCCGUCUCUUCUUUAUGUCAUGAUGGUACUACCAAUCAAUCUAAAUCCGAGACCCAUGGGACCAUUGAAGAAGAAUGGAAUAAUAAUAAUCAGGUUGAUCAACACGAAGAUGAUGAAGAUGAUGAGGAUGAUGAUGAUGAAGCUAUGAGUUCUUAUGUGAUUGAGAUUGGUUCAGAUUAUAGAGAAAGGACACCAUCUGAUAAUGCUGUUGGUAUUGAUGAUGCCAUUGCUUGGGCUAAGGAGAGGUUUCAAACGUAUACUACUAGUAUUGCUUCUGAGAAAAAUCUCAACACUAGUGUCAAGGAGGAUAAAGAGUCUUCUAAAUUGGUUGAAGAAGAAAUGCGUAAUUCCCAAGAACAAACGGAUAACAAGCAUGAAAUAGUUCAACCUUCAGAGUCACAGAUGGAAAUGAGGUUACAAGAUGAAAAUAUAAGGUUGUGGUCAUCUGGAAAAGAAAGAGAUAUACGUUUGCUUCUUUCAACUCUGCAUUAUAUUUUGUGGCCCAACAGUGGGUGGUCAGCAAUAUCUCUGACAAAGUUAAUAGAAAGCUCACAAGUUAAGAAAGCAUAUCAGAAAGCAAGGCUGUGUCUUCACCCAGACAAACUACAGCAAAGAGGAGUAACACUCCCUCAAAAAUAUGUUGCCGACAAGGCCUUUUCCAUUCUCCAAGAUGCAUGGGCAUCGUUCAUAUCCCAAGAUGUGUUUUAGUGGCUAAUUAAUUCUGUCAUUUGGAAUUGGAACUAAGUUUUGACUUAAUGCUAUGUGGUGAACGGUCGAAUUUAGAGAGGAGCUAGCAAGUUUGGAUGUUUUUUGAAUGAUGGGGAGUGAUUAUCUAUUGAGAAAACAAAUAUAUAUUAUUUGCAUGAAGACUUGGUCUGCUAUUGUGCACAUGUUAGCUCUCUUAUUCAACAACGCUGUAAUAUUGCACCACCCUAGAUGUUUUCUUUUACCUUAUUUGUUUCAAAUUAUGUACAUAUUUUGAGUCACCACAAUAAGAUGGUUCGAUGCUUUUGUUGUU